AUGGAGGCUCCUGCCCUCCCUAUCCGCCGGUACCGCCGGGCCCUGGUGGACGCCGUAAAAGAGCAGCCCUUCCUCAUCGUCACCGGCGAGACAGGCAGCGGCAAAAGCACGCAGCUGCCCAAGUACCUCUGGGAGGCAGGUCUUGCCAAGCACGGGGCCAUUGGUGUCACCCAGCCCCGGCGUGUUGCCACCAUCUCGGUGGCGCAGCGGGUGGCCGAGGAGGUGGGCUGCUCCCUGGGGAGCGUCGUCGGGUACCAGGUCCGCUUCGAUGACUGCACCACUGAGGAAACUGCCAUCAAGUAUAUGACAGAUGGCUGCUUAUUGAGGCAUAUAUUGGCAGACCCCCUUCUCAGCAAGUAUAGUGUCAUCGUUUUGGAUGAAGCCCAUGAGCGGAGCCUCAGUACUGAUAUUUUAUUUGGUUUGCUGAAGAAACUCUUUCUACAGAAGAAACCACCAGACAGGAAGAUGGCCAUGAAAGUGGUGGUGAUGUCGGCCACCCUGGAGGUGGACAAGCUCUCUGAGUUCUUUGGGCACUGUUCAGUGCUGCACAUUCCAGGAAGAAGUUAUCCUGUCAAGGAGAUAUUCUGCAACCUGCUCAGCCCAAGGGAUGUAGGCAGCUCUGCGUAUGUCACUGAGGCUGUAAAAGUGACACUGGAUGUCCACUUAAAUGAACCAGAAGGUGACAUCUUGGUUUUCCUGACAGGUCAAAUUGAGAUAGAAAGAGCUUGUGACUUACUUUUCAAGAAAGCAGAAUCUAUUGAUUACCGUUAUGAAGUACACGAUCGGUCUGUUGAAGGCCUGCUUAUUUUACCAUUGUAUGGGUCAAUGUCGACAGAUCAACAGAAAAGAAUAUUUUUGCCAGCUCCCACGGGCAUUAGAAAAUGUGUGGUAUCCACAAACAUUGCUGCAACAUCUCUGACGAUUGAAGGAGUCAGAUAUGUAGUAGACAGUGGAUUUGUGAAGCAGUUGAAUCAUAAUCCUCGAGUUGGCUUGGACAUACUGGAGGUGGUUCCCAUUUCAAAGAGUGAAGGAAAGCAACGAGCUGGCCGAGCUGGCAGGACAUCAUCUGGAAAAAGCUAUCGGCUGUACAGCAAAGAAUUCUGGGAGCAAUGCAUGCCCGAUCACACGGUCCCAGAGAUCAAGAGAACCAGUCUGACAUCUGUGAUCCUGACCUUGAAGUGCCUUUCCGUGCAUGAUGUUGUAAGAUUUCCUUAUUUGGACCGCCCUGAAGAAAGGCAUAUUUUAGAAGCUCUCAAGGAACUUUACCAGUGUGGUGCUAUUGACAGGAGAGGCCAUGUGACAAGACUGGGUGAAUUCCUGGUGCAGUUUCCCCUUCCUCCCAACCUGACCUGUGCUGUCAUAAAAGCUGCUGCUCUUGACUGUGAGGAUCUGCUGCUUCCCAUAGCAGCUAUGUUGUCUGUGGAAAAUGUCUUCAUUCGUCCAGGUGAUCCUCAGAAACAAAAGGAGGCUGAGCUUCAACAUCAAGAACUUUCCUCACAAGUAGGAGGAUGCAAUGACUUUGCAACUCUCUUAAAUAUUUUUGAACAGUGCAAAGCAAGCAAGUCUCCUUCAGCCUGGUGCCAGAAAUACUGGAUCCAUUGGAGGGCUUUAAAAUCUGCUUUUAGUGUGGAAAAACAACUUCGAGAAAUAAUCAUAAAACUGAAACAGCUGCCAGACUUCCCUAAAGAGACAUUUGAAGGCUCCAGAACUGAAAUACUGAGAAGGUGUCUGUGUGCAGGAUACUUUAUCAAUGUGGCAAGGAGAUCUGCAGCCAGGACAUUCUGUACAAUGGACGGACAUGGCAGCAUAGUCUAUAUCCAUCCUUCAUCUACACUAUAUAACAAGGAGACUCGCCUUGAGUGGAUCAUCUUCCAUGAUGUUACAGUGACUUCCAAAAUCUAUGUGCGGACGGUGUGUCCUGUUCGCUACGAAUGGGUCAAAGACUUGUUGCCCAGAUUGCAUCAAAUUGAUGCAUAUGAACUGAGCAGUGUGGCACGGGAAGAGGUAACUGAAGAGGAAAUAACCAAGUGGAAACAUAAGGAGGACCUUAAAAGGCAGUUUGAACAAGUCACAGACAACUCUGCAAAGAAGAUGGAGAAAAGGAAUGAUGAUAAAUCAAUACUGGAUGCCCGAGCUCGCUAUCUUGAGAGAAAGCAGCGAAGACAACAGGGUUUAAGUGGCGCAGUGAAGGAAAUGGAGUAAUACUGGUGGCUGCUCUAUUCCCACUGUGAGGAAAGGCUGUGUGGCGCAGUUGUUCUGGGUAUGUUUGCAUAACGCAAAAUGACUAACUGGGAUGAAGGAAAACUUCUGCUUUGUGGUUAAGUUUGAGUGCUGAAGCAUGCAAAUGCAAUCUUCCUUUGCUGCAUCCAGCAAGGAAAAGUUAC